AUGGCGAGUUACAAGACUCCUCGUCGCCAGUCGAUGGAUCAUCCUAUGGACGAAAGUCCGUUUGAUGAUCGUACCUAUUCCAUCGAUUCGAAAACGGGCUCGAAAAGAUUGUACAGUGAUCGCAAUGCUCGACCGACGAUUCUGGUAGAUGAUGGUGAAGGUGGAAAGUAUCUGGGUCCUGCUUUCGAUCAUGAUGAAGAAUAUCCAGAUGGGAAGCGUCACCGCUCGGAAAAUUGGCCUUUGCCUCCGGAGCCUGUUCAGCAGGGAAAUCCUCCGCCUCGAAACGCUUCACGCGCUCGCAGUCGAACUAGUCAUAGAAGUCGAAGAUCUACAGCGUCGCCUUCACCUGCUCGCCCUAAUCUCCAUAGAUCUCGUCCCUCACGAUUUUUGGAAGGUAGUAUGAAUGAUAAAGUCAGUAAGAUACCACCCACACCAUACCUUUUCCAUGAAGAAGAGCUUCGGGAGCGUUACAUUGAGGAUGAGCUUAUGGGAAGGAAUGAUCGGGCGACUCCAGGUACGAAGAUGUGGAAGCAAGCGUUUAUGCAACAUUCAAAUAAAUCUAUGGGUGCGGAAUCGUCACUCGCAGCAAUGUCGGAUACGUCUCGACAAUCAUCUAUAUUUCGAUUCGGUAGUAAGCUUGCAGCUUCAAUCAAACCAUCCAAUUGGAAGAUCUUUUCAAAGCCGCAGAAAAUCGUAGAGGAGACGCCCCAGCAAAGAGCUGUACGAGAGCGCCAAGAGAAGGCGGAGAAGAUGUAUCACGAAUUGAAGGCGAAUGGCUUCUUUCGAGAUGGUGCAAUUGUUCAACAGCCGGGUUUCAGACCUCUCAGACAUUCUAUGGAUCAAGCACCACGAUUCAAGCAUGAUUCUGGAGUCGAGUUGAAUGAUAAAUACCAUUCGAGAGAAAAUUCGCCCAUGGAGGACAAGAGACAGGCCAGACCUGUCACCAGUACUCAAGACUUCUACCAUGACAGUCCCGCCUCUAAAUUCUCGGCUCCGGUUGGAGCUUCAACUCCUCAAAGUGUUUCCACCGAAAGACACCAUCGAUGUCGAACCUCAGAAAGAUGA